AUGGUGGCCCGUGCUCUUGUGUUGGUGAUGAUGUGUCGAGGCGUGUUGCUGUCUGUCGGAGACCCGCCGCCGUCCCGUCGGGAGAUCCGCAUUGAAGGUGACCUGGUGCUGGGCGGCCUGUUCCCUGUGCAUGAGAAAGGAGGCGGCAUGGAGGAGUGCGGCCGUGUCAACGAGGACCGAGGAAUCCAGAGAUUGGAGGCCAUGCUGUUUGCUAUCGACGCCAUCAACCGGGAUCCUAUUCUAUUGCCCGGGGUCUCGCUUGGCGUCCAUAUCCUGGACACGUGCUCCCGAGAUACCUACGCACUGGAGCAGGCGCUGGAGUUUGUGCGCGCGUCUCUCACCAAGGUGGACGACUCAGAGUUCAUCUGUCCAGACGGCUCUUACGCUUUGCAGGAUGACAACCCACUCGCCAUCGCUGGCGUCAUCGGCGGUUCCUUCAGCAGCGUCUCCAUCCAGGUUGCCAACCUUCUCAGGCUCUUCCAGAUCCCCCAAAUAAGCUACGCGUCCACCAGCGCCAAGCUCAGCGACAAAACCCGAUACGACUACUUUGCCCGCACCGUGCCACCCGACUUCUACCAGGCCAAGGCCAUGGCGGAGAUCCUGCGCUUUUUCAAUUGGACCUACGUCUCCACGGUGGCGUCGGAGGGUGACUAUGGCGAAACGGGCAUUGAAGCCUUUGAGCAGGAGGCCCGCAUGAGGAAUAUCUGCAUUGCCACGUCGGAGAAAGUGGGACGUUCCAACGCCAAGAAGUCAUACGAAGCCGUAAUCCGCCAGCUCCUCCAGAAGCCCAACGCCCGUGUGGCCGUCCUGUUCCUGCGUAGUGACGAUGCCCGAGAAUUGCUGGCCGCUGCCGCCGGGCUCAACGCCUCCUUCAUCUGGGUGGCCAGCGAUGGCUGGGGGGCGCAGGAAAGCAUCGUUAAGGGCAAUGAGGUGACCGCCGAAGGAGCCAUCACAUUGGAGCUAUCCGCCAACCACGUGCCAGAGUUCAACCGCUACUUCCUCAGUCUGAACCCCUAUAAAAACCUCCGCAACCCCUGGUUCAAGGAAUUCUGGGAGCAGCGCUUCCAGUGCUCACUGGGCAACGGUGGAGGGGAAGCGCCUCUGAGCCCCUGCGACAAGGACCUAUCCAUGGACAAGGUCAACUUUGAGCCUGAGUCCAAGAUCAUGUUUGUGGUAAACGCGGUGUAUGCCAUGGCCUACGCCCUGAACAAUAUGCAGCGCAGCCUCUGCUUCAACACCAGCACGCUGUGCGACAACAUGAAGGCCUUGGAUGGCCGCAGACUCUACCGAGACUUCAUCUUGAACGUCAGCUUCACAGCCCCGUUCUCCCCCGCCGGCAGCGAGACGGCCGUCAAAUUCGACUCCCAGGGUGACGGCGUGGGCCGCUACAACAUCUUCAGCUACCAGCGCUCAGGCGAGCGCUUCGCUUACGUGCCGGUCGGCGAAUGGGCCGAGAGUCUGAGUCUUAAUGGCGCUCUGAUUCAGUGGCCCAAGGAGGCGGCACCCAGCUCGCAGUGCAGUGACCCUUGUGAGCGCAAUGAGAUGAAGAAAAUGCAGGCAGGCGAGUACUGCUGCUGGAUCUGCACCGCAUGCGAGCCUCAUGAAUACUUGGCCGACGAGUUCACAUGCUCGCCCUGCGCUCCGGGUCAGUGGCCCACCGACGACCUGACAUCCUGCUACGAGCUCCCUGAGGAUUACAUCAUGUGGGAAGACGCGUGGGCCAUCGGGCCUAUUACCAUCGCCUGUGUGGGCUUCAUGUGCACGGGCUUGGUGCUGUGGGUGUUGGUCCGCCACAACGACACACCGCUGGUGAAGGCGUCAGGCCGCGAGCUGUGCUACAUUCUCCUCCUGGGCGUCUUCAUGUCGUACACCAUGACCUUUCUUUUCUUGGCCAAGCCGUCUCCGGCCAUCUGCGCUCUGCGCCGCCUCGGCCUGGGCACAUCCUUCGCCGUCUGCUAUGCGGCGCUGCUCACCAAGACCAACCGCAUCGCCAGGAUCUUCGGCGGUGUCAAGGACGGAGCGGGCGCGGCCAGGCCACGCUUCAUCAGCCCGUCUUCUCAGGUCUUCAUUUGCUUGAGCCUGAUUUCGGUGCAGUUAGUGAUGGUGUCCGUGUGGCUGUUGCUGGAAGUUCCAGGCACGCGACGCUUCACGUUACCCGAGCGCCGGCAGACGGUCAUCCUCAAGUGCAAUGUGCGCGACGCCAGCAUGCUGCUGUCGCUCAGCUACGACGUACUCCUGGUCAUCCUGUGUACUGUAUAUGCCUUCAAGACCAGGAAGUGCCCCGAGAACUUCAACGAGGCCAAAUUUAUUGGCUUCACCAUGUACACUACCUGCAUCAUCUGGCUGGCCUUUCUGCCCAUCUUCUAUGUCACAUCCAGUGACUACAGAGUCCAGACGACCACCAUGUGCAUCUCGGUGAGCCUCAGCGGUUUUGUGGUGCUCGGCUGCAUGUUUGCCCCCAAGGUUCACAUCAUCAUGUUCCAGCCCCAGAAGAACGUUACCAGUCACAGGCUUAACCUCAACCGCUUCAGUGUUAGCGGGGCAGCCGCCGCAUCCUACGCCUCUCACGUUUCCGUCAGCGCCCAUUACGUCCCAACCGUGUGCAACGGCAGAGAGAUUGUCGAUUCUACUACUUCAUCUCUGUGA